CAACCAAGCACAUCGCCAUUCCACAGCGUGGACAUCAUGGACGUCGACGCGGCCGCACAGACGCACGCGCACGCACACCGCCACCGCAGCAAGCGUUCUUCCUUGGCGUCCGGCGACGUGUCUCCGACGGGCAUGCAGUACCGCGGGGUGCGGCGCCGUCCGUGGGGCCGGUUCGCGGCGGAGAUCCGGGACCCCGCGUCCAAAGCGCGCCGCUGGCUCGGCACGUACGACACCGCCGAGCAGGCGGCCUGCGCCUACGACGUCGCCGCGCGCUUCAUGCGUGGAGCCAAGGCGCGUACCAACUUCCCCGCACCCGUCGAUUCCUGGCCGGCGGGGUACUGGCCGUGGGGCCAGUCGACGGCGCAGGCGCAUCCGCCGGCGCAGCUCAACACCUUCAUCCUGCACAACCUCAUGAGCUCCUCCCCGCACGGCUGCGUCCUCCUCCAUCACGCCGGCCACGGCCACUCCCACGUCAACCCCCCUCCGCCGCCCAUACCGACGCCACCAUCGCCUCGUCCCGCUGCUUCGUGCGCCGCUACGGUCACCAUUUCAGACACCGCCACGGCCUCGGCGUCGUCUGUUCCCGGAGUGGAAGACGACGACGACGACUGGGACUGGGCCGGCGUCCUGCAAGGGCGAGAUCCGCCGGAGACGGGGCUGCUGCAGGACGUGGUGCACGGCUCCCACGCGAGCAGGCGGCCGCGCGACCAUGUUCGCACUGCCGAACCUGACGCGUUGAUCUGGCUGCCGAACCAGGAGAGGCACGAGGCUUUCGGCGGCGUAUCCUCUUCUUGGGGCGCCGGCGACAAUGGGUACGAGAAUGAGGGCGACUUCCCAGUGCUGCCGCAGGGGCUCCUCCAGGACGUAAUCCAGUACCCGCCGUUCAUGGAGGUCGUGGCAGCGCCGUCUGCGAUGGGCCGCAGCCGCAGGGCGUGAUGUCGAGUGCAUGCGAUGCAAUGCGGUGCGAGGCGCGCUUGUUGUGCAUGCAAUCAUCGGUGAAAUUAGUACUCUAGGCUUUAAGAUUUGCUUAGCCGCCCCUAUAUAUAUAUACGCCAGUGUCUAAUCAAUCAUGCUACCCUGUACUAGAUCAACUUUUGGGGAUUGAAAUCUGGUCUUGUAGCUAGCAAAUGCAUGGAA